GCGAUCUCCGGCCAAAGUCACCACGGGCGGGUUAUGGCUUAGGGCGCAAGAGGGGUCAGCCUAGAGGUAACGGGAAGGGGAAAGGGAGGCUAACUCAGCAACAAGAGGAAACGAGAAGAAAAGCCAAACGAUGAGUUUCCACAAGGAGGACGGAGUGAGCAGCCUGUGCCAGAAGGCGCUGCACAUCGUCACCGAGCUGUGCUUCGCGGGCCAGGUGGAGUGGGAGAAGUGCUCGGGCAUCUUCCCCCCGAAAGGGGGCAGCCAGGGCGGAAGCAGCACAGAUAUUUCAGUCAGCCUGUUAGCAGUCAUUGUCAGCUUUUGUGGCCUGGCCUUGCUGGUUGUCUCGCUUUUUGUCUUCUGGAAGUUGUGCUGGCCAUGCUGGAAAAGCAAACCUGUGACUUCCAACAUUAGUACCCUGCCACAGAGCAUUUCGAGUGCUCCUACUGAAGUUUUUGAGACUGAAGAGAAAAAAGAAGUUAAGGAAAAUGAAAAACCAGCCAUAAAAGCUAUUGAGCCUGCAAUAAAAAUCAGCCACACUUCCCCUGAUAUCCCAGCAGAAGUCCAAACUGCUUUAAAAGAACAUUUAAUUAAACAUGCACGUGUGCAAAGACAAAUUACUGAGCCUACAUCUUCAUCACGCCACAACUCCUUCAGGAGACACCUACCAAGGCAAAUGCAGGUUUCCAGUGUUGACUUUAGCAUGGGCACAGAGCCUGUUUUACAACGAGGAGAAACAACAACCAGCAUUGGGAGAAUAAAACCAGAGCUCUACAAACAGAAAUCGGUUGACUCCGAGGGCAACAAAAAAGAGGACGUCAAAACCUGUGGGAAACUUAAUUUUACCCUCCAGUAUGAUUAUGAAAAUGAACUUCUAGUUGUCAAAAUUAUCAAAGCCUUAGAUCUCCCUGCUAAAGACUUCACAGGAACUUCUGACCCUUAUGUGAAGAUGUAUCUUCUUCCAGAUAGGAAAAAGAAAUUCCAGACCCGUGUGCACAGAAAGACCUUAAAUCCUCUAUUUGAUGAAACUUUUCAGUUUCCUGUAGUGUACGACCAACUAUGCAACCGAAAGCUACAUUUCAGUGUGUAUGAUUUUGACAGAUUUUCUAGACAUGACAUGAUUGGGGAAGUGAUUCUUGAUAAUUUGUUUGAAGUCUCUGAUCUCUCCAGGGAAGCCGCAGUAUGGAAAGAUAUUCAUUGUGCUACCACAGAAAGUAUAGACCUGGGUGAAAUCAUGUUUUCCCUUUGUUAUUUGCCAACGGCUGGACGUAUGACAUUAACAGUUAUCAAGUGCAGAAAUCUGAAGGCGAUGGAUAUUACUGGUUCAUCAGAUCCUUACGUCAAAGUGUCUCUGAUGUGUGAAGGUCGAAGAUUAAAAAAGAGGAAAACAACUACAAAGAAAAACACUCUAAACCCUGUGUACAAUGAGGCUAUUAUUUUUGACAUCCCACCAGAGAACGUGGACCAAGUCAGCCUCUCCAUUGCGGUCAUGGAUUAUGAUAGGGUAGGACACAAUGAGGUCAUAGGAGUGUGUAGAACAGGACUGGACGCUGAAGGUCUCGGGCGAGACCACUGGAAUGAAAUGCUGGCCUAUCAUCGAAAACCCAUAACACACUGGCACCCCUUGCUGGAGUUACCUGGCCGGGCAACCAGUUUUGAUAGUCAAGGAUCCUGUCCAUCUCCCAAACCACCUUCCACACCGUAAUGCCUCCAAAAUAAGACCAUUAUAAUAAGGACCUAGGAUCAUGUGCUCAUUGGAUCAGGAAAAAAAAAAAAAGUGAAAGGUUUGAUUUCCUCAUUUAAAAUAUAUCCAUGGUAAUGUACAAACUUGAUGUGCAAUUUUUUAUUUACUUUUUUGUCUGCUUUUUUUAACUUUGAACAUCUUAAUGCAUUUUACUUCAAUACAAAUAGUCCUUAGAUGCAUAAGGCAUUUUAUCCUUCCUGUCAUAUGUCUAUUAGCUCAAAGAGUGUUUUAAUAUGUUGUAAUUCUUUGCAUAAGCAAAGAAAUAAGUUUUUUAAAGAUUAAUACUUAUCUAAAAUUAAAUAUAGUUUAUGCUGCUAUUGUAUAAAGUAGCACAUGUUGCAUAUGUAUGGUUUUGAUUUUGUAACAACUACAUUUAUUUCCAGUUGUGCACAUGGUUCUAUAUAAACUUUAAAGGAAAUUUGAACUUAUACAGCAUUAAAUCUUUGCACAGUAAAAUUGAUGUUACUUAUCUGAUAAUAUCUUUCUUUUAUCUCAGCAAAUUCUUUUCUUGGUGAGGUUUGACUCUG